AUGCAUUUUGAGUCAUUCGCUCAAAUCGCCGAACGUCUCAAUAGAACUCUCGUGCUCACUCACGUAGGUCAUUCUCGCAUACAAGCUUGUAAACAACACCCAUUCGACUUCUACUAUGACGUCGACCAAUUCCGCCGUAGAUUCCCCGGUUUACGCAUUAUUACCCAAUCGGAUUUUCGAAGAUGGACCGUCGAUCGUAGACGAAAGCCCGAAACCUACUGGGGUUUUAUUCAACCACGUAACACCUCUUUCCUGGUGCAAUACCUCGAGCCCUACGACGAAACGUUGAAAAAAAAGGAAUGCCUAUGGCAAUUUGAAUUCGUGUUCGACCACAAUACCAUCUUCAAAAAAAUCUUCCUGGGUGUAAAUUUUUUAUGGACUCAUUCGGAAUUAGACGAAGCUGUGACAAAAUUCAUGCUGCAACAAUUAACCACCAACAAAGAAGUGUUGUUGUUGGAACACAGGUUGCCUAAAUUGUUGUUUAACGAUCCUCGACGUUUCUCGCCCAUACCCUAUACAAAACAACUGGUAGAGUCCACCACCAAUGCAUCAAAUUCCAUUCGACCGUACGUGGGAAUACAUUGGCGCAUGGAGCAAGGUGACAUAAAGAGGAUGCCGAAAUGUGCAAACCAAUUGAUCGGCUAUCUAAAACGUCUCAAAAAACGUAUUGGUAUUGAGAAUGUGUACCUUGCCACCGACUAUCCCAUACGUGAACGCGAGAAAGGAGCGAAGAAGCAAUAUGCACAAUCGGCGACAUUUCACAAGUUGUUUCCAGAACAUCACAAGGCAUAUAAGAUGUUGACGGAUUAUUUGGGGAAGAAUGACCAUUUACACACAUGGAUUUCGACUGAUCUUUUAGGUUAUUUACCCAAAGACGGGGAUUUUGCUGACGAAUUAAGGGGAUCGGGAAUACAAGGCAUCGCGGAUAAGCUGAUGUUGGGAAAGCUUAACUCCUUAAUAGGCAAGUCCUCGGGUUAUGUCGAGAACCUUCCCAAAGAUGUGAGACGUCGGAUCCACGGCUUAAAGUCUUAUCAAGCUGAACACGCAAAAUUGGAGGCUAAAUUUCAGCAGGAGAUCUUGGCUCUCGAAAAAAAAUACCUUGAGCUAUAUAGACCAUUAUACGAGAAACGUUCAAAUAUAGUUCGCGGAGAAAGCGAACCGUCGGAAGAGGAUAUUGAGAUUAUCGAGGGACCAGUUAAAGGAAUUCCCGAAUUUUGGCUCACCGCCAUGAAGAAUUUGGUGACCAUUGCGGAAAUUAUUACCGAGCGUGACGAGGAAGCAAUGAAGCACCUAAUUGACAUACGCAUGUCAUACCUCGAAAAACCUGGUUUCCGGCUUGAGUUUGAGUUUGAGGAGAACCGAUUCUUCAAGAACAAAACCUUGACAAAAACAUACUUUUAUCAAGAGGAACCAGGCUAUGGGGGCGACUUUGUCUAUGAUCACGCGGAAGGUACACAGAUUGAGUGGAAAGAGAAUCAAAAUCUCACGGUAACAGUGGAGACCAAGAAACAAAGGCAUAAGGGAACCAAGAAUACUCGUGUGGUGAGGACCACGAUACCCGCCGAAUCAUUCUUUCAAUUUUUCAAUCCACCAACGGAUCAAGAUGAGAUAGAGGAUGAGGACGAUAGUUUAGAUGAACGUCUUGAAAUGGAUUAUCAAAUCGGCGAGGACAUUAAGGAAAAAUUGAUUCCUCGCGCAGUCGACUGGUAUACCGGCAAGGCGUUGAAUAUUGCGAAAAGCUGCGGGUACAAGAAACAUCAUAUCGUCAGCAUAACCCACCCAGAGAUCUAUUGA